CAUUUUCGUGAAAAAUCCUGAAAUGCUUAUCAACAUAUCAGUGAUUAUAUAGUGCCCACAUAUAAUACUAUUGUAGCUUAAGUCAUAAAGCUCGUUUCUGUUGUAUUGUUGCGGAUUAUUUUGACUUCUAAUUUCUAUAUUAUACAAUCAAUAUUUCUUGUCAAUGAUAUGUAAAUAAAAAUAAAAAAGACAAACUAUAAUUUACCAGCAAAAUGUUACACAUAAAAACUGUCCACCGUUGUAUACAACACAAUAUUUAUAAAUAUCGUUAUUAUACCACUAAGAAGCAUCCUUUUGUUAAAACUUGGAAGACGUUAUCUAAUGAUAUGUUAAGUAAAAAAAAUGCCAUUUAUCCUGAACAUGCUGAUGUCGUCAUAAUAGGUGGAGGUUUUAUUGGAUCUUCAGUUGGAUAUUGGUUAAAAACUAAAGCUGGAUCAGGACUAUCAGUUAUAAUUUUAGAAAAAGAUUUAUCUUAUGCCAAAUUUCAAAACAAUACUUCAUUGGGUACUAUAACCCAACAUUUUUCUUUACCAGAAAACAUUCAAUUGGCUCAGUAUUCAGCAGAGUUCCUUAGAAAUGUUAAAUUACAUUUGAAUAGUGAUACAAACAUUGAAUACAAACCAAAUGGACAUUUAAUACUCGCAAGUGAAAAGUAUGCUGAAAGAUUGGAACAAAAUGUAACAAUACAAAAAGAGUUUGGUGUUAAAAAUGAAUUAAUUAUGCCUGCUGAUAUUAAAGAGAAAUAUCCAUGGAUAAACACAACUGAUGUUAAAUUAGGCUGUAUAAGUACAGAAUCUGAAGGUGUUUUUGAUCCAGAAGCACUUUUAAAAGGUCUUGUUUUAAAAAGUAGUGAACUUGGAGUGAAUUAUGUUGAUGCUGAAGUAACUGGAUUUGAUGUGGAACAACAGCGUGAUGUUUUAAUGGAAGGAGUGACCCCAGGAGGUUUUAGGAAAAUAAAUAAAGUUAUGUAUCGGACAAAGGACAAUGAAGAAUAUGCAAUUAAAUUUGCUGUUUGCAUCUUAGCUGCUAGUGGACAGUCAGGCGAAGUUGCAAAAUUAGCACAUAUAGGUGAUGGUGAUGGUCUGUUAAAGAUACCUUUACCUAUACAACAACGGGAAUAUGACAUAUAUAACAUUGAAGAUGAAAAUAUAAAGGCUAGUAUCAGUACACCUGUUAUCAUGGAUACUAGUGGCCUUUGGUUACAACCCAAUACACUUGAAAACAACUUUAUGUGUGGCUUCACACCUAUGCCAAACAAUAGUGUCAAAGAAUUGCUGACGGACAAGUUUUAUGAAGAGAUAAUUAGGCCUUCUUUAUCUAACAGGUAUCCAAAUUUUCAAGAUCACCAGAUUAAAAAAAUACGAACAGAAUUUCAAGAUUGCAAUACUUAUGAUGAAACUGGUAUUUUGGGUCCACAUCCAUACCACACUAAUUUGGUUAUAGCAGCUGGUUUUGGCAAACUGGGUUGCCAACAUGCUCCUGGAAUAGGAAGGGCAAUAGCAGAAUCCAUAAUUGAUGGUCAUUAUUCUAGUAUUGAUAUGACAAGAUUUGGAUUUGAUAGACUAUUAGUUGAUGAGCCUUUAGUUGAAUUUAAUGUUUAUUAGUUGUAUAGUGUGAUGUAUCUAUAUUAUUGUUAUUGUAAUAGAAUUAAA